CGUUCUUCAGUUCAGUCUGCGAAAAAACGCUGCGUUGAACGCACGUCUCUGACGGUGCGACGCAGCAAAACCCAAACGCGAAACCAUACAUCAACCAAAUACAUUGAAAUAACACUUGUUUAGCAUCACAAGAACUGUUUAAAGUUAAAUAGUGAUUGUAACAGCGCGCGCGGACGCGGAUUUUCACAUAUAAGAUUCCUUCGAAGAUGUCACGUUGAUUCUGCCAAUCUGAUUUGAACUCUACGCGAUGACGAAAAGGUUCGAAUUCAACUGGCAGAUCCCGGUGCCCGAGCCGCUACUGCAGGGCGCGGUGUUCGACAGAUGGACAGAGGAGAAAGACAACACCGAGCUAGAACAGAACUGCACAUUUAAAGUGGACGAGUAUGGCUUCUUCAUCUACUGGAAAAGCGAUGGAAAGGACGGAGACGUCAUCGAGCUGUGCCAAGUCAGUGACAUCCGCGCUGGAGGUGUGCCAAAGGACUCGAAGCUGAGCACGAACCUGCUGAACAAGCAUGGAGACACGCUGGAGGAUAAAUCCCUCACCAUCUGCAGCGGCACUGACUACAUCAACAUCAACUACCAGCACGUCGUCUGCCCCGACGCCAACACUGCCAAGGUGUGGCUGGAAGGCCUGAGGAAGAUCACCCACAAUGUGAAAGCGAACAACGUGUGUCCCAUGACCUGUCUCAAGAAGCAUUGGAUGCGUCUCUGCUUCCUCACGGACCCUAAAGGCAAGGUCCCUGUCAAGGUGGUGGCCCGGACCUUCGCAUCAGGCAAGACUGAGAAGCUGGUAUACCAGUGUCUGUCGGAGCUGGGGCUUCCAUCAGGGAAGAAUGAAGCUAUGGAGAGAGAGGCCUUCACUUUUGACAAGUUCUACGCGCUAUACCAUAAGAUCUGUCCUAGAAAUGAUAUUGAAGAAUUAUUUAGGUCCAUAACUCAAGGCAAAUCCGACAAGAUAAACUUGGACCAGUUCGUGAACUUCUUGAAUGAGAAGCAGCGAGAUCCCCGCCUAAACGAGAUCCUGUACCCGCUGUACGACGACAAGAGAGCGGCGGAGAUCAUCAACACGUAUGAACAGGAUGAGGCUGCGAAGAACGAAAAAUGCCUAACGAAAGACGGGCUCAUCCGCUACCUGAUGUCCGACGAGAACGCCCCCGUAUUCCUGGACAGACUGGACAACUACAUGGACAUGGACCAGCCGUUGGCUCAUUAUUAUAUCAACUCGUCCCACAACACGUAUCUCUCGGGACGGCAGUUCGGUGGCAAGAGUUCUGUGGAGAUGUACCGACAAGUGUUGCUAGCUGGAUGUCGCUGCGUAGAACUCGACUGCUGGGACGGCAAAGGCGAAGACGAGGAACCAAUCAUAACCCACGGCAUGGCUAUGUGCACAGACAUCCUCUUCAAAGACGUCAUCUACGCGCUCAGAGACACCGCGUUCGUGACGUCAGACUACCCCAUCAUACUGUCAUUCGAGAACCACUGCUGCAAGGCCCAGCAGUACAAGCUGGCUAAAUACUGCGAUGAGAUCUUGGGGGAUUUGCUGUUGAAAGAACAGCUGCCAGAUUACCCUUUGGAACCGGGCCAGCCCCUACCACCACCUUCAGCGCUGAAGAGGAAGAUCAUGAUCAAGAAUAAGCGGCUGAAGCCAGAGGUGGAACGGCAGGAGUUGGAGCUGUUCCGACAGGGACAGUUCGUUAUCGAGGACGAGGUUAAAGAAGAUGCUUCUGCGGUCGCCGUGCCCGAUAAAAAGCCCGAAGAAAUAGUGGCGGAAGCAGCGACAGCUGGCGACGACGCGCCUCCACCCGUGGCGUACACCGGCUCCACCACCAACGUGCACCCCUGGCUGUCCUCCAUGGUCAACUACGCGCAGCCCAUCAAGUUCCAAGGAUUCGAAGAGGCUGAGAAAAAGAACAUCUACCACAACAUGUCUUCCUUCGCCGAGACGACCGGCAUGAAUUACCUGAAGCAGCAAGCGAUAGAUUUCGUCAACUACAACAAGAGGCAGAUGUCCAGAAUCUACCCUAAGGGCACCCGAGCUGACUCUUCCAACUACAUGCCUCAGGUGUUCUGGAACGCCGGCUGCCAAAUGGUGUCCCUCAACUUCCAAACCUCAGACCUCCCUAUGCAGCUCAACCAGGGCAAGUUCGAAUACAACGGCAACUGCGGAUACCUCCUCAAACCGGACUUCAUGAGGCGCGCGGACAGGAGCUUCGACCCUUUUGCCGAUGCUCCGGUCGACGGGGUGAUAGCGGCCCAAUGUUCUGUACAAGUAAUUGCCGGCCAGUUCUUGUCAGACAAGAAGAUCGGCACAUACGUAGAAGUCGACAUGUAUGGUCUACCCACCGACACCAUCCGGAAAGAGUUUAGAACACGAAUGGUGCCCGCCAAUGGACUGAAUCCUGUGUACAAUGAAGAACCGUUCCUGUUCCGAAAGGUCGUCCUCCCAGACUUGGCCGUCCUCCGUUUUGGCGUUUACGAUGAAAACGGCAAGCUCCUCGGGCAGAGAAUCCUACCCCUGGACGGUCUGCAAGCCGGCUACCGUCACAUUUCUCUGCGGACAGAAGCUAACUUCCCAAUGUCGCUUCCCAUGCUGUUCUGUAAUAUCGAGCUGAAGAUCUACGUACCGGACGGCUUUGAAGACUUCAUGGCGGCCCUGUCCGACCCCCGCGCGUUCAUGGGCGCGGCGAAGGAGCGCACCGACAACAUGAAGCAGAUGGGCAUCGAGGAGAGCGGCCCCGAGAAGAAGGUGCAGAUCGAGGACAAGAAGGAAGAGCCUCUAGUAUUCGAGCCAAUCACAGUAGAGUCCCUCCGCCAAGAGAAGGGCUUCGUCAAAACUGGCCGCAAGCAGCAGAAGGAGCUAGAAGCCAUGCGCAAACGCCACGCCAAGGAGAAACUCGCCAUGCAGAAGACGCAGUGCAGCGCGCUUGAGAAACUCAUCAAGGGGAAGAACAAAGAGCAGCUAAGCAACGACGCGGCCUUCCGAAAGCUUGUCACCGACCAAUCAGCGGCGUGGAGCGAGCUGGUGGCCAAGCACCGUCUCGAGGAAUGGAGCUCAGCCCGCAGCCGUUUGGACGAGCAGCGAGAACUGCUCAAGAAGAUGAUGGAGACGACCCAACAGGUCCAGAUGAAGCAGCUGGAAGCCAAGCACGAGAGGGAGCUGAAAGACAUGAACGGGCGGCAGGCCAAGAUCAGCAUGGAGACCAGCAAGGAGGUGGCCAACGACAAGACGCUGAAGACCAAGCAGGAGAAGGACCGCCGGCUCAGGGAGAAGAAGCAGAACAACACCAAGAAGUUCAUGGAGGAACGGAAAACGGCGACGAUCAAGCAGAAUCGCGAGAAGGAGAAGCUCAAGGUCACGCACGACAAGCAGAUGGACGAGCUCUCCAAGGACGUUGAUAACCUGAUCGAGCUGUACAAGAUGGAGGAGUCAGAGUUCGACAACUCGAGCAAAACGGAGUUCUUCGCAUGAAAGUACCCCGACAUUGCUCCUCUUUUCGAGCAAUUGACUUGUGUGCCAGCGGCCACUGAGGCGAGUGACUCGAGCCAGUGAACUGGCAAGUGUGAAGUGAUCUCUUCAUAAAAUAAAUUUAAUAAAUUAAUAUAUUUACUACCUAAGAUUAAUUCCAUGUCAAUCCAAAGUUCCAGAGUGACCAUUUGUUUGAGGUUUAGAUGAAUUUUCAUAUAUUUUUUUAGAAAAUUUAAAUUAGUGUGUUUAAUUCACCUCGUUAUAUUUAAGAUAUAUUUACGUCAUAUAUAAGCGACGUUUAUUUUAUUUAGCGAAAACUGUUACCACUAAAUCUUAGGUAUUUUGUACAUAUGUGGUACAAUGACAGCUGUCAAUGUCAAUAUUUUAAUUUGUUCGUUGUAAACUCGCCCUUAUUAUAUUUAAGCAUUGAACAAUUUAUUUAGAAAUAAUUUUCAGCGUCAUUAUUUAUUAGCAUAUAUUUUAGAAAGUAAGUAAUUAAUAACGUGUUAAUCAAAAUUGGAACGAGAAAUUUAUCGAGAAAUAUUGACGAACUGAAAUCUGUUGUUUCGGCCUUUUCGGUUAUUAAUUAUUAAAAUUGACUAAAUAUAAGCAAACUUUACAUUGUAAGUUGUAUGGAAAUGGGAAAUAUCAUGUUCUUUCUACGGGUAAUAUUUAAUCCCUUUUAGUUUAGACACUUCCAGUAAAAUACUAGUCUUCUGUUUAGAUUUCUUCCUUAGGGUCAUACGAAUCUAUCCGCCGCCAUACAAUCCAAGUUACGCCAGUGGGGAGCUCCUGACUUCGGGCAAACUUGGCUCCGUUCGGCUCAGCAUUGCUCCGAGCAAUUAUUAGGGUUGACACAACUUGACGUCCCUUAGCGUGCACGACCGCAGAUAAGAUAAUGACUUAAAUUUUGACAACCUUAAAUAGCCGAAAGGGAUAGUGCCAUAAGUUAGAAAGGGAUAUCAUGAUUCGACCCUGAAUCGCUGUCAAAUUCAGGUUUUGUCCUGGGGUCCUUUCUGUGCUCACAUUUUAAAAUGGCAUUCUGGAAUAUCUUGAAGUUUUACAUGACCAUUCAAGUACCAUAUAAUUUAUCGUUUUUUAUCAUUUUGUCGUUUCAAAAUGGGAACCUAACUUCCGAUUGUAUGGGAGCGGCUUUUUGGCGGCGGGUUCGUGUGGCUCUGAAAAUGACUAUUUGACAAUUAUAUGCUAGUUUUAUUUAAUUAAUGAAAGCAAUAGGUAAGAUAUACCCACAUUUUUAAAUUUUAACAGUAUCUUUUCCUAUCCCCAUGACAAUGUAUGUAUAACUUUAUAUAAUUUAUAUUAUUGAAAGUACUUAUACUUUAAGCGAAAUAUUAAUUUUAAAUGUUGGUAAGGGAUCAAAUGCCAAAAAUAUUUCACGAAAAUAAUAAAAUUAUAGCUGUGAAAUUUUAAAUAAAUAGCAUUCAUCAGCCCUAUUGUAUGAGGUCACUGAAAAUUAAAUAGGUAAUUUUCUUUCAGAUCUCAUGAAAGGAUUGGGGAAAUACUUAAUAAAUUAUAGUUUAAUUUUUAGUGGUCUAAAAUUACUUGAAAGCAAUAUUUUGAAUAAUGGCCUUGUAUUCUGUGGAUCCCAUCUCAAGAAUUAAAAUCUAAAAGUGUUAAAACAACUGUAGAAUGUAGGGUUGAAAUUGCAAUAACCGGUUUUGUAGACAUAAUUAACAGUGUAGCUUUCAUACAUUCCCAGCUAGUAGUACUGCCCCAAUUUCAAAAAUAAACUACAGAUCUAUGAUUAAUAUUGUAUGGAUCUAAAUUUUUAUUAAAAUUUGUUUUUUAGACUUCGACCGAAACUAUAGCAUGUAAUGCCAUUUUUUAAAAGAUACUUCGUAGUUUUAGACUCUUAAAAACAUACUAUUCAUAUUUCAUACUGUUUCCUAAAAAUGUAUGGAGGUAUCUAAGAGUAUAACUAUACUAUCAUUCCAUUCCAAUUUUAUACUCUCAUACUUUCUCGUUGCUAGUGGACCAAACUACUCUAUCUCAUGAUACUGAAUAUUAACUUUUAGUUACACUAAUUGUUGUCAUAAGUCUAAUACUAAGUAAUACAUAAACUAAUUACUGUAAUGACGUAAUAAUAAGCCAAAGAGAUUAAAUUAAUUAUUCAAUCAAUAUAUUUGAACUACUUAUUUGAUUUCAAAUCAAUUAUUAGUGUAGGUGGACUCUUUUGAUGUCAAUAUUAAUUAGGAAUAUAUUUUGAAAACUUUAUUUCUUCGUUUGUCAAUCUGUGGUUGAAUUUACCACAAUGUAAAAUAGAGUAAAACUUAUUUAGGUGUCUAUUCGAGGUACCCAUCUGUUGAUUUCUAGUCAAUUUCAUUAUAGGAUAAAAGUACAUGAUGUAAGUGCAAUUGUAUCGUGAAUUUAAAUAAAAGAUACACUUCUUACAUAUUUUGACAUACUUACUACAUAAAGUGGUUGACAUUCUACUUUAGAUUCAAUUUAUGAAUUACAUAAAUGUAAUAACAUUGUAGAAAAUCUUAGGACGUUAAAAUUGUUAUAUAAUAAUAAAUUCUUUCUAAAAUAUAUUUAUUCUAAAUCAUAGUUUUAAAAAAGAUAGUGAGAAUAAAUCAUAAGUGUUUAUUAACGUAAUAAAAAUGUAUUGCAAAAAUUUUACAAUUAAUAAUCAAUAUUAUGUUGUAAAACUAAUAUUUACGAUUGCACUUUAUUGACUUUGCUAAUGAUAAUAAAACUGUAUUUUAGAUAUUAUGAGGAAAUGUGAACAAAAAAAUCUUUUCGUAGUUGUUGAUGAAACGAAAUUUAACAUUUUGAAACUAGCUAGUUUUUGGAAUUGUGAUAUAAGUAGGGGGGAUAUCCAGAAUUGGCCUACUGGAGUGAAUUUAAGAUUCACGGAGCUCUUGAAAGCAUUUUUAGGAUUGUUUACGAAAUUAAGGACUGGGCAUGUGAGUGUCAAACGUUUUGGUAUCUAUUUAUUUUACUAAAUUUAAUCAUUUUCAAUUAGCAUUGUAAGAGCUUGAUAUAAAUAAGGCACUUUCUGAGCAGUAUGUAUUGGCACUUGAUGUAUUUUGUAUUUUGAUUGCAUGCAGUAUGAACCGAGUAGCGUUAAGGGUCAAAGUAAAGCAUAUAUUCUAAAUUCAUUGUAUUGAGCAUAGUUUAACACAUUGCUCUGCAUAUUAUAUUAUCAGAGGGUUUUAAUGAAAAAGCGGAUUUACAGAAUGGCUAGCAUUUAUAAUGUAGAGUUUAUUUAUGGUAUGAUUGCAUCCUUUAUAGUCUGGCUAAUCAUUUUUGAUACUAAGACAAAAGGCUUGAAAUUCAAAAGCACAGAAGUAUGAUUUAUAUUUUCAAUUUAUCGCCUUUUUUUAGAAACAGAAAUGGGUUGCCCAUACUAUAAAUAUCAUGUAUAGCUCGGUUUUCCUAGGAUAGUGAUACCAUCAUAUAGAGGCCAUCUCCAUGCAAAAUAAUAUGGCUAACUUAGUAUGAGUAGUAUUUUGUAUGGAGACGGCCGCUAUAUGACGGCACCGCUAUCCUAGGAAACCAGACCUUAAGGGAUGCCAUCUGCCGUGUCAUAGACAAUACAUCUACUUCUUAAGCUAGAGUUUGUGCAAGUGCAUUGAUUGCAUAAUUAUAACUGAAAAUGCUAACCAUUCAACAGUACUUAACCAUCAAAUAGCUAUAAUAAAAAUAUGUUGUAUCCAAAGAUUUAUUUAUUGUUUUAAUGUACAAUAAUUAAAUUAAAACAUUUUAAACACAA